AGGCGCGGAGCACGCUGGCUCCGUGCGGGGCUCUGUGAGCGCGUGACCCUGCGACUCGCCGUCCCCGCGCAGUCAUGGCGGCGGUCAGGGCCCUGGUGGCGUCCAGACUCUUGUCGGCGUCCGCGUUCGCGCCGCUUCAUGCGUCCACCCCACGCGCGCCCCUCCACAGCUCCGCGCCGCGCCCGGGGGCCAGGGUCGCGCUAGUGCUGUCUGGCUGCGGAGUCUAUGAUGGGACUGAGCUCCACGAGGCCUCCGCGGUGCUGGUUCACCUGAGUCGUGGCGGGGCCGAGGUCCAGAUCUUUGCUCCUGACAUCCCUCAGAUGCACGUGGUUGACCACACCAAGGGGCAGCCUUCUGAGAGUGAAACCAGGAAUGUCCUGACGGAGUCUGCGAGGAUCGCCCGCGGGAAGAUCACCAACCUGGCCAGGCUCAGCGCAGCCAAUCACGACGCUGCCAUUUUCCCUGGAGGCUUUGGAGCUGCCAAAAACCUGAGCACGUUUGCCGUUGACGGGAAAGACUGCAAAGUCCAUGAGGACGUGGAGCGAGUCCUGAAGGAGUUCCACAAGGCCGGCAAGCCCAUCGGCUUGUGCUGCAUCGCUCCCGUCCUGGCAGCCAGAGUGCUCCAUGGCGUCGAGGUCACCGUGGGCCACGAGCAGGAAGAAGGCGGCAAGUGGCCCUACGCAGGGACUGCGGAAGCUAUCAAAGCCUUGGGCGCCAAGCACUGUGUGAAGGGAGUGACCGAAGCUCACGUGGACCAGAAAAACAAGGUGGUCACGACCCCGGCCUUCAUGUGUGAGACGGAGCUUCACCACAUCCACGACGGGAUCGGGGCCAUGGUGAAGAAGGUGCUGGAACUCUGUGGAAAGUGA